AUGUUCGGUAAAUUCAUCUUCUUCAGAGCAUGGAAGAGUGAGAUCGAACGUGACUCUUCCGAUCAGACGACCUAUAAACAAAAUGAGGAAAAUCCUAAGUCUACUGUUGGGUCUCAUAGUAACAACUGGUAUAAAAUUGAUAAGCGAUCGUUCCAGUUCAAAACCUUGUCAGAAUAUCCGGGUACAUACCGAGCCUGUAUUUUUGGUGAUCUUGGACGUCAUCACGGAAAUUCCACAGCAAGCAUUCUUCGGGACGGAAUGAGCGGGAUGUUUGACUUCAUUGUGCAUAUUGGUAGACCCAAUGACUUAGUUUCUCUGGAUGACCGGAGAGGUGUCCCUUUGGCAGAAAACAAAUGUCAGGAAAGAAGAUCUCUGAAAGGUAGUGGCGAGGAUAACGAAAAUUUUGGAGGAAGAGCAAGAACUUUAAAGGUUACAAUUCGGAAUCUUAACAUUUCAUGUGACAUCUCCUACGACCUGCAGAGCGAUGACGGAGUAAACGGCGACAAGUUCAUGAAUCAGCUGGAACCGGUCAUCUCACGAAUCCCUUACAUGGUAGUUGCUGGAAAUCAUGAAUAUGAAGAUGGAAACUUCACCAAUUUCCGUCAACGAUUUUGGAUGCCUCCGAACGACUACGAGCAAAAUCAAUUUUACAGUUUUGAUCUUGGUCCAGUGCAUUGGGUAGCAUUGAGCACUGAAUAUUACGGAUAUUAUGAAGAACUUGGAAAGCAGCCAAUAUUGGCUCAGUACAAUUGGCUUGUGAAUGAUCUUAAAUCUGCUAACUCAAAUCGUCACCAAACACCAUGGAUUGCGACCUUUUCUCACCGACCAUAUUACUGUUCGGCAGCUCAUAACGAUGACUGCUCUGGAUCGGACAGCUCCAUGAUCAGAGUCGGUUACGAUGAUCUGCCCGGAUUGGAGAAGCCUUUUCUUGAUUACGGUGUGGACUUAGGUUUUUGGGGACAUGUUCAUUACUAUGAACGCUUCUAUCCAGUUGCAAAUGGAAAGUACUGGAACUCGAAGGAUUGCUACCACAACCCAGCCGCACCAACGUACAUUAUCACCGGCUCUGCUGUAUGUACAUACAUAUUUAUUGCCUAUUGA